AUGGUGAUGGAGGUCUUGUCUAGGUUGUUGAAUAAACCUCCUGUGUGGUUUAGGUUCCAUGAUCGGUGUGAGCGUUUGGGCCUAACUCAUUUGGUUUUUGCAGACGAUUUGAUGAUUUUCUGUGCAGCUGAGAGAGAUUCUUUGGAGUUUGUGAGGCAGGUAUUAACAGAGUUUGCAGAGCUGUCUGGAUUAGUUGCAAAUGUUGGGAAGGGUUCUAUGUUUGUUGCGGGUGUGGAGUCGAGGGAGGUGGAGGAACUAGCUGCAUAUAUGAGUGUCUCUCUUGGUUCGUUGCCUGUUAGGUAUCUGAGUUUACCUUUAUUGGUGGGUCAGUUGAGGGUUGUGGAUUGUGCGCCUUUGAUACAGAGGAUUACAGCUCGUAUUAGAAGCUGGGCAGCGAGGUCCCUCUCCUUUGCUGGGAGGUUGCAGCUUGUUAGGUCUGUUUUACAGUCCUUUCAGGGUAGUAUGGUGAGUCGGGGUGGUGCAUGGGUGGCGUGGGAUGAGGUGUGCUUGCCGUUGGGAGAGGGGGACUUGGGUGUGAAGCAUGUGGCCUCUUGGAACCAGGCUGCUAUUAUGAAGCUGCUCUGGCUUAUCUUAAUUAAGUCAGGGUCACUUUGGGUGGCGUGGGUGGAGGCGUCAAGGUUGGAAGUGCGAUUGUCGAAGUUCAUGGAUUGUAGGGAGGUUGGAGGUGGCCUACAGUGUCUUGGGAGCUGCUUGAGAUCUAGGUUUUAUCUAGGCAGUGGGGCCUAG